CGCCUGCCCUGCCGGAAGCGGAAGCGGGUGGGCCGGUGGCGGAGGCUCGGUGGCUCCGGGGGUGCCAUGCCGCUGCGGCUGCUCCUGCUGCUCUUGGCGCUUGGCGCCGCCGCCCGAUCCGGGGCGGAGCUACAGGAGUCGGAGGAAAAAAAGUCUGGCAAAGCUGGAGCAGGAGUGGGAGCAGGUAAUGGCCAGGAACCCCAAGCGGGUGGGCAAAUGGAUACGUCCAAAAAGGACGAAGAGCAGCACUCUGCAUCAAACACAGCCAGGGUAACAAACCUCCAGUUGAGCACGAGUGACAGAGGGUCAGUGGAGAAGGAGCAGGCUGGAACUAGUAGCAGCCCGGAGACACACACUGGUGGUCAGGGCAGCACUGGUGAGAGUGGCAAUGCCCACCAAACCAGCCAACAGGGCAGCAGCCCCAGUAACCAGGACAAUAGCCAGAGCAGCAACGCCCGUAACCAGGGCACUGACAGUGAGAACAAGGACAACAACCAAGGUGGCGGCGCCGGGAACCAGGAUGACAAGCAGCACAACACCCAAGGCAGCAGCGAAAACCAGGGUGGCAACAACCAGAGCCAGGGUAAUAACAACAGUCAGACCAACAAUGGGAACAGCAGUAACAGUAACCAGGCUGGCAGUGGGAACAGCAGUAACAACGGCCAGAGCACCAGCGGGGACAACAGCAACCAGAACCAGGGCACCAAUGAGAAGAACAAGGAAAAGAACGAGGGCAACAACCAAGGUGGAAAUGAGGGGAACCAGGAUGACAAGCAGCACAAUAACCAGGACAGUGGCAACAACCAGAACCAGGGUAAUAACAACAGCCAGGGUGACAACAGGGAUGACAACAACAAGGGCCAGGGCACCAAUGACAAGAACCAGGACAGCAACCAACAUGGCAGUGACGGGAGCCAGGAUGACAAGCAGCGCAACAACCAGGACAGCAGCAAAAACCAGGGUGGCAACAACCAGAGCCAGGGUAAUAACAACAGCCAGGGCGACAAUGGGAACAGCAGUAACAACAACCAGGGCAGCAACGGGGAUGGCGGCAACAAUGGGGACAACAACAACAAGAACCAGGGCAACAACAGGGACAGUAACGCCGAGAACAAGGAGAGCAAUGUUGAGAACCAGGGCAAGAACCCAGGCAGUAACAGCAAUAACGAUGCCAAGAACCAGGGUAAUCAAACUUCCUCUGGUACCGAGGGUGACAGCUUUUUAGACAACGAAGAAAGCCCCAGAGAGGAAGAGAAUGGGGCCAAAGCAGGCAGCGAUGCCUCCUCUAAUGAGAGAGAGAAGAGUGUUCCCUCUUCCCCCAGAGACCAGUCGGAGAGCAGCCACUUCUUUGCCUACCUGGUGACCACGGCUAUUAUUGUUGCUGCCUUGUACAUCGCAUACCACAACAAACGCAAGAUCAUUGCUUUUGCUCUGGAAGGGAAAAGAUCGAAAAGCGGUCGACGGCCCAAAUCUGGUGAUUAUCAGAGACUGGAUCAAAAGAUCUAGAUUCCUUCUUGGAUAUUCAGUGGAAUAAUGACGGCCUGUGAUAAAAAUGCAGGAACACUGGGACACCCACCGACUCCCCUGCUGUAGCGCUCUGAGUUGUAGCUGUGCUGCCAUGUUCAGGUUUCAGACAAUAGAAAGAAAGGGAAAUGCUUUUAGUUUUGCACCUGCACUUGGUAACGUUAAACCUCUCACUUCCUCAAAAUGCAUUUCUCCUUUCCCAGCUGCCUGAAGAUGAACUCGUGUUCCGCUUGGGCAUCUGGCUUCUGGCCUGUGACCCAGGAAAAACCAGUCUCCAGCACUUGACAGAACUUUUGUGUCCAAAUGAAAUGGAAUUUGCCAUCUACUGUACUGACGUCUCCUCUUGAGGGGGGGGGGGGCGGGGAAAGAAAAUCUGCCUGCAAAAUGAGCCAUCUGACUCUUCCCCUUCCAGAGUCAUAGAGCUGCCUUUGUAACCAGCACAGUCUUUGCUUGAGAUACAGACAUUCUCCUCUUCUGUCCAUUGUAUUUGGAUGCUAAAGUUCGGAGCAUGACUGAUUGCACUAGUUUGGAAAUAAUCUGCCAAGGACUCUGAUUUGAUUUGAUUAUUUUCUCUUUGUGAUGAAGACAAUGUUAGAGUUUAUCACCUAGAUUCUCUCUUUCGUGCACAUCUUUGGAAAUGCUGGAGCGGUCUUUGGCCCGUGGGUUGUAGCUGAAAAAUCCUCACCUGCAUCUUGUGUUCCACACGGGUCUUUUCCCUCACAGACCCCAGAGUUCUGAUGUUUGCACUAAAGGUGACAGUUGUGGUUUGAUGCUGUGAAGGAGGGUAGGUUAGGCUUAGAAAGCUAUGUGCCAAAUUGCUGUGGUGUGGUUGUAGCAGACUCCACCUUGGAAGAUUGCUUUCCUCCCCCUUGUAAAAUGUAGAUACGUGGUAAUGUAAAAUGUAUGGUAAUCCUGAAGCGGUUGGGAUGAAUGAAACUUGCAGUCCUUCAAACCUCUCCUUCAGAAAUGCAGUAUUGAGGCCCUGGAGUGUUCAGCUCUGCUGAAUGAGCCUCUCUGGGUUGUCCUGCCCCGACUGCGCGCGCGGCGUUGGCUCUGGCUGGAGAAGUGGCCGCAUUCCCGCGCGGCUCAGAGGCGAGGGGGCUGCUCGCCCUUGAGUUGCAAAAGCUUUGGCAGCCUCUGGCUUUGGGAAACGGCUGUAGCCCGUGGCACAGGCACCGUCCUUUCUGCCUGUGAGUCACCGCAGGGCGUCUUCUCCCCGGGGUCACAUCCUGAGCCAGUGACCGAGGUAUGAAAGGGCCUGCGGUAUCACCGGCGGCACAACCUCUUCCUGCUCUUCCACGGCUCCGCCAGCCCUGACUUGAAGGAGUUUUGUGUGGUUGAAUGUAGACGUAACCAGCUGCCUGUCACUGAGCUGGACACUUCGGAAUUACUGUGGAGCACUUAAAAUAGGGCCUGGGAUAUACUGGUUACAUUUAAGGCUGCAAAACAUGUUGAUUCACAAGUUAUAUCUGUGAGGUUGUUUUUAUUUUUGUAGUUCUAAUCCAAAGAUGUUUGAGAUGGGAUGUUUCUGAAGAGGGCAUGAAGUGUCUGCCCAGCUCAUGCUUUUGUUUUUUUCCAUUAUGGGCAGAAAAAAAUUGGCAUGAGGCCUUUAGAGCUGUUCCCACAGGUACCUGUCUGCACCCGAAGCUCGUGCUGGCCGUACGUGAGUCUCCCUCCCCGUGCGCUGGCUGGCUGACUGCACAGGAAGGAUCCUGGUCGGGUUCACUUCCCUCCAGCUGGCUGCAAAAACUCAUGGGAUGAGGCCAGCCUUUUUCCGUCUUUCCCGAGGUUGUGAACAAUUGGUAAUCUGCCCUGUGGUUGCUAAAGAUAGUCAUGUUUGACAGGGGCAAAGACCUUUCCUUGUCUGGACCUGAAAGCUAUCAUCGUAUUUUUUUUUUUUCCCCUAGUGGUUCAUUCCCCACAUAAGAGGGGAGAAGGGGCUUGUCCUUCUCUUAAAAAAAAAAAAAAAAAAAAGUUUGUGUUUUUUUUUUUUCUUUUUGUUGGCUGUUAGCAAGCACAAAGAGCAGGAGAAAGUCCCUCUUGGCUUUAAAUAGCUUUCAAGGUUUCUGUAGUAAACUUUUCUGAUGCUAAAAGUACUUGCAGAAGUUAUUUUGAAGAAUGGGAGUGUGAGGUGGAGGGAAGAGAAAGCAAAACAAGUCUGGGAACAUAACCCUUAGGGGGAACAUGCCUUCUGAAAAGGGUGGGAACUCCUGCAACAAGACUCCACUGUUUCAGAGAUCCCGUAGGAUAAGUCUGAGACUUGCUGUUGUGUGGCUGAUUUACGGACAGGAUGCGGGGUGGGAUGUGGUAGCUUUUGUCUAAUGACAGCGGGGGGG